AGUGCAUAAGACGUGGGACUUAAGUGUGUACUCAGAGCGGUCGUGUAGCCUGGAAAAAUUCCGUUUCUCGUUUUUCUUUCGACUGAAAUUCUUUAAUCACAACUAUGAACUGACCUCGGAUAGCGAAACGGUUCCUUCCUUUUGACGAAUUAACUGCAAUUUCCUUUGAAUCGAGUGCCAGCGAAUAUCAGGAAGGAUGAGCAGCCAGGUGGACGGCCUCACAUUCCUGCCUCAGGACUCGUCUCCUUCGUCGGGCAAGAGGAAGCAACAGCAAGAAGUCAUCUCCUGCCUCCCGCCGGCUCCUCCGAACGCCGAAGUGUGCCAGGUGUCGGAACCACGGUGUCGUGUCGUGUCUGAAGGGCCACAAGAAGCUGUGUCGAUGGCGAGACUGCCGCUGCGCCAACUGCCUGCUGGUGGUCGAGAGGCAGAGGGUCAUGGCUGCCCAGGUGGCGCUCAGAAGACAGCAAGCCUCGGAGAGCAAGGACGCCCCCCCCGCCAGCGCCGCCAGCACAGUGGGAUCAGUGGCGUCCGCAGAGCCGCCGCCCGCAGCCGCCCGUCACGAGUCGCAGGCCACGGCAGCCGCCCGCGCGAAGCUCAAGUCUGCCGAGGCGCUGCUGGCACAGAAGAGGCUGUACCAGAGGCACCUGCGCUCCCUGCAGCAGUCGGCGCUCGCCAGGGACCUCAUGACCAACCUUCGGCAGCGCCUGGGCCGCGAGUGGCGCGUGCCGCCCUACCUCAGCGAGCGGCAGCGCAAGCGGCGCGCCUUCGCCGACCGCGACCUGGAGACCGUCCUCCUGCAGCGCGAGACCAUCCUGGCGCAGUCGGCUCAGCUCGCCGCCCACCCCGCCCACAUCCCCCCCGAGUGGGCUGCCCACGUGUCCCUCCUGCCCAUGCAUCUGCAGGAGGCGCUGCGGCUCCACCCGCAGCCCGCCCACGCGCUCCUGCAGCUGGUCGCGGAGGCGUGCGGCGGCGACCGGGACCGCGCGCUGCAGUACCUGUCGACGAUAGGGGCGAUCGUGACCAUAGAGCUGAAUAUGUACGAAAAUGACGAUGAUGAAUGUGAUUGUGACGACAUGACGAGUAUUAAAGGAUCGUGGAUCUUGUAA